AUGUGUAUGCAAGGUAAUGCUCUUCAGGCACUUGAACCCGCUUGGAUCACGUCUAGACAAAUAGAAGCCGGGCGACGAGCAAUGACACGAAAUGCACGUCGCGGUGGAAAAAUAUGGGUCCGCGUUUUUCCUGACAAACCUGUUACAGUAAGACUCGCAGAAACCCGUAUGGGUUCGAGGAAAGGAUCUCCCGAAUAUUGGGUAGCUGUUGUCAAACCAGGUCGAAUACUUUAUGAAAUAAGCGGAGUAGCAGAAAAUGUAGCCCGAAGAGCUAUCACAAUAGCGGCAUCAAAAAUGCCUAUACGAACUCAAUUCAUUAUUUCAGGAUAAGAAUAUAGAACUAAAGGAAAUGGAUCUUUUGGAUAACACCAAGUGGAAGUUUUUUUGGACAAACAAUAUUUCUUUUUCACCUUUUGCAUUUAGUUUUGCAUUGAAAGAACAGAUAAAAAUAAAAUAUGAUUCAACCUCAGACCCUUUUGAAUGUAGCAGACAACAGCGGG